AUGGCUGGGGGUUCCGGGGAAGAUGGAUUACCGUUGCGGUACACUCCGACAUGGGUGUUGGCGAUCGUCUGCUUCGUCAUCGUCUUCAUCUCGGUCUUCGUCGAGCGUGUCCUCCACUGGGUCGGCAAGGUAUUCCCGCUUCUUGAUGGCCGCUCCCAUGGAGCACCAACCCACCCGUCUAGCUUCAGAUACUGUGCAAUAUGUCUGUUGUCUGCCACUGUGAGGCCCCGUCUUUGGAGCGCUGGAGCGAAGAUUUCUUCUGAAUCUCAUCUCUCUCUCUCUCUCUCUCUCUCUCUCGCCAUUCCGCUGCAGUACCUGAAGAAAAGGAACCAGACAUCUCUGUUUGAAGCUCUGCAGAAGGUGAAGGAAGGUCAGCGACAUCUCCUCCCCACUUUUUUUCCCAUAAAAUAUGGCGGUCCCAUUUUCUUUUGGACGCCCAAGGCCUAAUCUUCCUGUCUUCCAUCUGCUGUGGGAUCGCAGAGUUGAUGCUCCUUGGCUUUAUCUCACUGCUGCUGACGGUGUCCCAGAAUUACAUUCAGAAGAUAUGCAUUCCUGGGAGCUUUACCCGUCACAUGCUUCCUUGUAAGAAGAAAGACCUCCACUCCGUGUCCCCUUCUCACUAUCAGGUUAACCUCUUCUCCGGCAUCCUCGGGAGUGGCAGACGGCUCCUUGCCGGGGGCGGCGGAUCCGACCACUGCGCCAAGAAGGUGCCGCCCUUUGAAAAACUUUUCCACUUUUUUUUUUAUACCCCAAGGGGAAGCUCCUGACUUCGAUUCGCUGUCGGUUCUUUUCUUUUCUUCUUUUUCUACAGGGAAAGGUGCCGCUGCUGUCUCUGGAUGCCCUGCACAAGUUGCAUAUCUUCAUCUUCGUUCUUGCCGUUACCCACGUCGUUUUCUGUGCCAUCACAAUGCUUCUAGGGAUGGCGAGGGUAACUGCUAACCCCAUUACAAUUAAUUACUUGUGUUCUUUAAAAUCUUACUGGUUUGUGUUUCUUUCAAGAUAACAUGCAGUAUGUAUAAUAAUAAUAAUAAUUUAAUGUGUGAAUUUCUAGAUACGUCAAUGGAAACGUUGUGAAGAUUCACUUAUGAAGGAAACAGGAAGCGAAAAUGCUGCAGGUUUGUACUGGAGACUCUUGUUUUCUCCUCAGCUUUGUUCCAUCGGAACUGUGGUCAUACUGGAUAUUUAUUUAAAACAAAACCAAGGAUACUAAGUCGGUAGUAGCCCGGAUCGAUGCAACUCAAAGUCUAAGCGUGUGACAACUGAGAAUUUUGAAAGAUGAAAACGUAAAGGAUAGAUGCCACAAUACAAGUUUUUUCUUGGAAAAAAAUGAUAUGUAUACUAUUAUCCACUGAUUGGUGUAUUUAUUCUCUUUGCAGCGCCAAGAAUCUCCGUUGUGAAUCAGUUUGACUUCAUCAAGGAGCGGUUCAAGGGCUUUGGGAAGGAUUCUAAGAUAAUGAGUUGGGUGGUAAGUAGCCCAUUUCUCAGUGGAAAAUAUCUGAUUCUAGGUUGCGCGAGUCGUAAUACUGAUGGGCAUAUGUGUGUAUCUACUCAUAUUUCCACUAGUAAAAAAUGAGAGCUUUGUGUUGUAAGAAUCUGAGCUCAUGAAUUUUUAGGUAUCCAGUUCUUGGAUGCACUUGCUAAGCAUUUAAAUUCAGAAGAGGCUGCCAUCAGUUGUAGCAUAAAAUUUGGUUAUUAAUUGAGAAAAAUGUUUAUACAGCUUGUUUUAUUAUGGUUGCAUGUUGUUUCAGCAAUCUUUCUGUAAACAAUUCUAUGGAUCUGUCACGAAAUCAGACUACACCACAUUGCGGCGGAGUUUCAUUAUGGUAAGCAAAAGGGAGCCCGAAGCUGAAGACCUAUUUGGUCGUUGUCUGUCGCCCUCUUCUGCUUCCUGUUUGACCAACUCGUGUUCUCUCUCCCUAGACUCAUUGCAGAGGAAAUCCAAAUUUUAAUUUCCACAAGUACAUGAUACGCGUCCUGGAAUCUGAUUUCAAGAAAGUUGUCGGGAUAAGGUACUUUGAGUGUUCAGUGGUUGAGAAUUUUGCUACUAAAUAUUCUGCUGUGCAUCUCAGCGCAUCAAAUAAUAUCGACCUCAUUUUCCCUUCUUUUAGCAUUCUAUGUGACUCUAUCCCUUCUGUGUUCUUGCAGUUGGUACCUUUGGGUUUUUCUGGUACUCUUUUUGCUGGUAAAUGUCAAAGGUACUUCAAAGCUUUUCCGUAUUUUGGUUUAGUUUAUGGAUGAAUGCUCUUUCAUAUCAUCUGAAUAUCUUAUUUUUCUUGUUCAAAAAGAUCUUCUAACUAGAUCUGAAUCUAAGGAAUUCAUUCUGAAUGCAUUUGUGAACUAGAUCUGUUCAUUCCAUCAGUUUUCUGUUCAUUUUUUUUCCCCCAGUAGAAAAGUUCAUAUUGACAUCAUUAUUCUUCUAACAGCCCAUUGUCGAUUCCGUGAGAUUUUAGCUAAUUACAAGUCAAAUCUUCUUAAUGGUGAAAAUAAAUAAAUAUUAUCUCUACUUUUUAUCCAUUUUUUUAUAGAUGCUCAUGAAUUCUUUUUCUUCUCUCUGUGAAGGUUGGCAUAUGUACUUUUGGCUGGCAUUUGUCCCCUUGAUUGUAAGUUUUGUGUUGUCCUCCCGCUACCCAACUAGUUUUUUUGAAAAAAAAAGUCUAGAAGAGGAUCAAAUAAUCGAGAUAAAUGCCAAAUUGAAUGCGAUUAUCGGCAGAUUAUAUGAUCUUUUACAGUGAAUAUCUUCGGAUCAUACUAAAUAUUUCGAUGUUUGCAGAUGCUGCUUGCUGUUGGCACCAAGCUGGAGCACGUGAUCACUCAAUUGGCGCACGAGGUUGCUGAGAAACACUGUGCCAUCGAGGGUGACCUCAUAGUGAAGCCGUCAGAUGAUCACUUCUGGUUCCACAGGCCUCGAGUCGUCCUCUACUUGGUUCACUUCAUCCUCUUCCAGAAUGCCUUUGAGAUUGCCUUCUUCUUCUGGAUAUUGGUGAGUGCUCUGAGGCAUUCCAUGUAAUUACCCAAUCUCUAAAACAGCUCCCCUGCCAUUUGGCUCUUGUUUCAUAAUCCACUUCAGAUUGUCGUACCUUGUUGAGGAGAAGCCAUCGCCUUUGGUAUCAUAUCCCUUCUUUGAGUCGACUAUUUCCGGGCAUCUAGAACCAGGAAAGAAUUCUGACGUGCUCUUGUUUGUUACACAGGUAAGCCUCGGUUUUGAGUCCUGCACCAUGGGACAUAUUUGGUUCAUCGUUCCCAGGCUUGUGAUUGGGUGAGCUUCAUUUCCUCUCUGAUUUUUUGGAGUAUAAUCUAGGAAUCGAUCUGUUCAUCUUCAAGCCACUUAUGUCAUCAAUUUUGCUCGGUCUAGAGUGUUUAUUCAGGUUCUCUGCGGUUACAGCACCCUACCUCUCUAUGCCCUCGUCACCCAGGUAACCCACAGAUCCAAAGAUCUUUUAUAUCCUCCGUCAUCUAUAGACCAUGGGCUGGGUUGAUCACCACCGGCUACUGCUGUGGCUGCUUCCUCUCCCAUUUUCACAGAUGGGCACCAAAUUCAAGAAGGAGAUCUUCGAUGAACACGUGCAAGUGGGUCUUAUUGACUGGGCCGAGAAGGUUAAGAAGCGGAAGGGAACGGGCUCAUCAUUCAAGGCGUGGUUGAAAGGAGGAAGGUCCGUAGAGGGAAUCGGAGUCCAGCUGCAGAACUUGGGCGGGAGCCAGCCUUCCAAGAUGGAAGAAGGAAAUGCUGGGCCUGGCGAGGUGCGGAAGCCAGAGUAG